AUGAGUUCUGAGAAUGCCCCAUCUACCGAAUUUAUCGAUUGGCUGGUGAAGCUGAACCUCUCCAAGUAUCACAAUGCCGCCUGCGAUUGGUGGGUGGCCAAUGGCGCCAUCAGCCUGGCAGAAGUCAUUGAGAAUUGGGAAGUCUUCGUGGUGGAUUUGGGUCUGAAGCCUUUAGAGCGAAAGCGUGUGGAGAAGGACGUGGAAAGCACUUGGCGCACGACUCUGCGUUUCAAUCACCGGCUCUCACAAGAAGUCUCAGAUUGGCUUCAAUCCUUAAGCCUUGGUCACUACACAGCGGCAUUGCUGGAGUGGUGCGAGGAGAAUGGUGCUUCCACGAUGGAAGAAGUCUGGGGAAGCUGGAAGGAUGUGGUAGAUAAGUUGGACAUCAAGCCCUUGGAACGAAAGCGCAUUGAGAAAGAUUUGGCAUCGCGAGCGGUGGCGCCUUUGGUUGAUGAACCGAUGCCGCCUCCAAUGCCCAAAAUGGUUACAAGGGCGUCACCUCAGACUUGCACCUUUGGACCUCCUGAAGAUCCCCACAUGUAUAAACUGAUGGAGGAGAUUGGCUUUGGAGUGACGUCAAAGGUCUACAGGUGCUGCCGCGGGAAGGAGAUUUUUGCCGUAAAGGUGAUCAGUCUCAAGCGCUUUCGCCAUCAACCAUGCGCGAACCAUAUCACAGACAGGUUACAUCAAGAGAUUACGAUCUUGCUGCAGUUGAAGCACCAGCACAUCGUGAAGCUUGUGGAUUUUGUCAAGGAGGAAGAUUGCUUGUACCUGGUCAUGGAGCUCGUGACGGGCGGUGAGCUUGGCGAAUGGAUCGUUAAGAAAGGCGCCUUCUCCGAGCUCAUGGGCCGCCAUGUCUUCCAGCAGAUCGUUGAAGGGUUGGCAUAUAUCCACUCCAAGAACAUCAUCCACAGGGACCUCAAGCCGGACAACAUCCUGGUGGACGAAGCAUCCAAAUCCACUCCGGAGAAGCUGGAGAUCAAACUGGCCGAUUUCGGGCACUCUCGACUCAUCAAUGACGGCUCCCAUCGGCGUUUGACAGCCCGGAUCGGCACAGCCAUGUACUGGGCACCUGAGGUGUCAGAUCCAAACCUCGCGGCCAUGGGAUACGACCAGACAGCUGAUUUGUGGAGCUUGGGCGUUGUCUUGUACGUGAUGUUGAUUGGCUUCUUUCCCUUCGAGAAUGGCGACAACCUGGGCGAUCGACUUCAAGCAGAUGUCAACAACCUCACCUUUCGGCAGCGAUCCUCUGGACCGGAAUUGAGCCUGGAUGCUCAGGAUUUGUUGCGAUCACUUUUGGCCAUCGAUCCGCACAAACGCUUGCCGCUGAAGCAGUGCCUUAGUCAUCGUUGGUGCUCCGGUCGCGUAGAUGUAAGGAUCAUGAAGUUGGCCACAGAUCCAGGCCCCAAUGCCGUGGAGGUCCGUGUUCCUCUAAUUGUGAAGCCUGGCCCGGAGAAGCUUGAACUGCUCCGAUGUGAUUUGCAGAAGUGGAUGUACAAAUUUCGCAACUUUGCACAAAUUCUUCCAGAUGCUGUGAUUGCCAAUUUGGGCGAAUCAUCUCAGGCCGACCUGCCGGAGAACAAAGCGGCCCGCAGAGAGCUGCAACACAUCGUGGAGCGCCAUUGCGGGCGAGGGAUGAUCGUGGUGAAUGAUCAGAAGAUGUGGACCGCCAUCGCGGAGUCGAAGAACGAGACCAUGCGUUGCCCUGUGGCGCUGAAGCCCAAGGAACCGCCGGCGCCCGAAGUGGCGAAGCGGCGAGCGGAGGGACAGGAGGGACCCCCUCAGCCCGAAGGCUUCGCCACGGAGGCGCCGCGGGAUGGUGGGGAGCUGAACGACGAGCGCAGCUCGAAUGAGAUGGAAGGGGCUCGACUUGCAGUUGCUGCCUUGCAGGGCGCUUGGGAGAGUCAGCGAAACUCCUCCGAGACCUAUGUAGUGCAAGGCUUGGACGUCGCGCGUCAUCAGAGGCAAAGUAAUGGCACUGUAACGAAGAGACCUUACAGCUUGCGCUGGAACCCUUCAAAAAGAUGCUUGGAGUGGGGCAGUGGGAAGUACUUCUUGCAAGCACCUGCAGCCGUUCCUAUGGUUGAAGCCGUGUGGUUGGCCAGUGAUGGCGGUCCUGGCUUUGCGUGGCGUAGAACCAAAGGUGAUUUGCCAGUUCGAGGGGGCAAAGGAAAGGGAGCAAAGGGCAAAUCUAAAGGCAGCUUCGGGGGUGGCGAGGAAGGACGGGGCGAGCGAGGACGCGGUUCCUCCAGGUAUUGA